AUGUCUAAUGAGGGAGAAAAUUGGGACUUUAUGAAGGUGGCGCCUGUUUUAACAGGGCCUUUUUUCAUAGUGAUUGGUUAUAGGUUUCUUGCUUUGUGGUAUAGAAGAAAAGAAGCCAAUGAAAUAUCUCAGCUUGAAAGUUUAAGGGCCCAACAAAGUCUUAAAGUGGAAGAAUUGAAAAAGAAAACUGGUUAUUACACAACUAAAACUUUGUUAGAAAGAUAUGAUUCACCAACAAGACUUCCAACAAAUCAACAACCAAUUAAUAAUGAUCAACAAUUACCUAGAUCAACAUCAUUACCAUUAAUUAAUCAACUUAAUAAUUCACAAAAUCAGCAGCGUUAUUGGUAUGAUAAAUUAGUUGAUGCAAUUGUUGGUGAAGAUGAACAAAAAUAUGCUUUGAUUUGUAAGGAUUGUUAUACUUGGAAUGGUUUGGCUUUUGCAGCUGAUUACGAUGAUCCCUCUUUAUCUACAAAUAACAAUUUAUUAUCAUCAUCAAAUGGUAAUCUUGAUGCCUCGAUUGAUUCUUUAUCACCAAGGAGAGGUCGAUCUACAACACCAAAACAAACAAGUAGAGAUUCAUCAUCAGAUCCAGAAAAUAAAAGAUUAGCUUCAAGAUCUACAAGUAGGAAAAGAAAAGGUAGCCAUCAUCGCAGUAGUGCUGAGAAUGAUGACAAUGAAGGCUUUGAAGAUAAUAGAUUUAAGCAUUAUAAUGUUAAAGAUGGAAUUGAUGAUAAUAAUGAAUAA